UAUAGCAACACCAAUUGUUGAUAUGUCAAACGCGCGAAUUGUUAUGAAAAAUACCAACAAUUUAUUUUUCAUUUGAAUUGGGAAAAAACUUAAUUUAUUUACCCUUUUUAAAUAAUUUUACGCGUUUUUUUAGUUCCGUCCCCGUUUCCUAUGUGCGCGGUGCGUGAUCUCUGGAUCCAUGUUCGAAAUAACAGUUCUUAUUAGUCAAUGUGCGAUCACCUCUUUGUUUUUGUCUGAUCGUCAGGCUUUUGUGGCUCUUAGAGCAUGGAAGAAGUGAGGCAGUUGGUGCAGGAGGAAGGCCGGGAAGCUAGGAACGUGGUGGCUUUCCAUGUUCCCGUCGAUAACCCAGCGCGCGUGUCCCGCAAGCCGCCUCGCUCGCUGCCCGCCCCGCUGCCGCGCCGCGCCGCCCCGCGCGCGCCCCCGCGCCUGCGCUCCGCCUCGGCAGGACGGGACAAGCGGUCCGAGCUGCGCGCGAGGUACUGGGCGCUGCUGUUUGGAGAUCUGCAGCGGUCGGUUGGAGAAAUCUACAACACUGUCGAGUCCCAUGAAAGCCUAAGCGAGUGUCAGGAGGUGAUCCUAGUUCUUGAGAACUACACCCGAGACUUCAAGGCUCUCGGGGAAUGGUUCCGACUCAAGUGGGAGUACGACAACACCCCCCCUCCACAGAGACCACAAAGCCUCGCUUGGGAGAUCAGGAAAACCGACUUCGUAAGACCUGAGUCUAGGAAAGCCCACUCGGUUAGAACAUCACCAUCAGUGUCGGGCAAAAACAGCCCUUGCCUCUCAGGACAUAACACCCCUAGUGGCAAGAACAGUCCGAAUCUUCUGUCCGGUAAAACCAGCCCCGGGAGUGGCAAAAUAAGCCCCCGUAUCAAUACCAGUCCGAAAGGAAAUGUAGAGUUCUUCAGCAAUAAGAUUGCUGCCAAAAUCACGGCCAAGCCAGAGCCCAAAGCGGCUAAAGAAUCAAGACUCUCUGAUAUUAAGGAGAAGUUUGUACUUAACGUCCCGGAAGUGAUGGAGUCAGUGGCUGAGGAUAGUGAGGGAAAAGUCCCAGUAGAGGAGACGUUUGUAGAAGUAGGUAAAGCCAAGGAAAUCGCCAAUAUAUGUCCGAAACAGGUUGUGAUAAAAUCUUCGCCAAAACAUGGAAAGUAUGACGUCCAAAAGAAAGAUUUUGUAGAUGAUCUCUCAAGCGUAGCUAGAGCGACUAUAGCGAAACUGAAUGCCAUGGAAUGUUCGUUCCUAGAGAAACAACUGAUUGAAAAUGCUGCCAAAAAUGAUAAUAUGCUGAAUCUUGAAAGGGCUGAAAGUCUGAAAGCACAAGAAGAAGUAAAUUAUACUCCUGGUACCAAAACUUCACAGGAAAAUGAAAAUUCUGAAACUGAUAAAAUAAUCCCGGAUAAAAGCUCCUCUGAAUCUCCAACUUUGUCAGAAGACAAUUUUGCAGACGUUUCCAAUGAAAGUUCCCAAAAUGAGGACAAGAAUGGUUCGUCUAUCGAUGAAAAAACUAAUCUAACUAACACACCCUCUCCAGAUCACAAGGCUGUUGGAGAUGAAUCGGCAAAACAAACAUUUGUAAACGGAAUAAAGAAUAAUUCAUCGGUUGACGAAAAAACCAUCGAAAUAAAAACAGACAUUCCAAAUAAAGAGAGUAAAAGCCAAGCCGAAGCAAAAGCUAAGGAAAAAGACAUUACCGGAGUUGCUAAAAAUGCUAAAAAAGAAGAAAAAAUUGCUCCAGUGACUAAAACUAAUACAAAAAUGGCUCCAACAGCAAAGAAAAUUGAGAAAACCACCCCAUUGACUACUGAGAAAAAACCACCUGAUGAUACAAAUAAUAAAACUGAUACUACUGAACCUAAAGCCGGCCCUAGUGGUAUCAAAGAAGAAGCAAAAGACCACGAAUUCAAAAAGCCUGAACCUAAAUCUAUUGAUAACAAAGUCAAUACCAGACCGGCUUACUCCCAAGCCGCGGCUAAACCAAAGCUUGUUACUGCAACAAAAGUGGAAGUAAAACCAGUCGUAAAAACUAUCCCAAUAAUGCGCAGCAAAACUGUAGUCGAAAUGAGAUCAACUUCUUCUCAAAAAGCCCAAAAGCCAUUGCCAAAACGCAAUCAAACCCCCACAAAUUCUAGAUGCAGUUACCCGUUCAAUCUAACUACUGGCAGAAACAGUCUAUUUGAUAACACGAACCUCACACCGCCGGUCAAGCCAAAAGUAAACAAACCUUUGGCCAGAAACACACCAAUGGCGGCAGGAGAUAAUAAAGGGAAGGUUGACACUAAAAAAGUUCCCCCAAAACCACCUGCCUCAUUGAAUAUCAACGGAUUAGGAGACAAUGCUUCAGCUAAACCUCAAAUUGAAAAACCCAAUGAUUUCAAAGACACAGGUUCCUCAGAAACAAUCGCUAAUCAAGAGGACAUGAACAGAAUUGAUUCAAGUGAAAGUCUCAAGACUUUAGUACCAGAUGAUGCGGCCAAUUCCCUUGAACUUCUUAACGUAGACGUUAAUAAAACUGAUGAGGACGGCUGGCUAACAGUAAAAUCUAGACGAUUCAGCCGGGAAUCGAAGAAGCAAUCCAAAUCCCACUGGUCUAACCGAUUCAAUCAACCAUCAGCUACCACCAGUCUCCCGACUUUGAACAUGAUUGAAUCCCCGACACAGGAAUCCAAACCUAUCGUUGAAACACCUAAAGUGGACCGUGCCAAAUCUGAACAACCGUCUAAUGUCGAUCCUGUGGUUACAGUUGAAAAAAGCGUUAAGGUUAACAUAAAACCGAAAGCAGAAAAGCCUAAAAACACUGUUAUAUUGCGUCAGAAAUCAGACGUUACAGGACUCAAAACACGCUCGGCCAGAAACAAGUCGUUCACCAAAAAGAACGAACGAACUAAGGAUUCGAAAAAGCCGAACGGAGGAAAUGAACUAAGCAAGAAUCGCCUUCACUCGUCUUUGGAAAGUUUGUCGGGACUAUCACGCUCUCAAGAAAGCACUGAAGAUCCUUUCGACUUCGACAAAUGGAAGGAAGAAUUCAAAUCCUACUUCAAAUACGAAGAUGAAGACGACGAAGAUCAGAAUGAAAUACUCAAAUCAGCUGAUCCAUCGGAGAUGAACGAAAUAGCAGAAAUGACGUCACAAAUAGAGGAGAAUGAACGCAAGAUCAGUCUAGCGUUAGAUUUCCAAUCGGAAUAUGAUCAAAGGAAAUUGUCUGAAGAAGAAGAUUUGUUGAAUCGACAAAUUAUGGAGCUACAGGAGGUGUCUGAUGUGGAUAUUGAUACGGAGACUGAUGAUACUGAGACGGAUGCAGACAUCCCGCUACCAGCUGACGUGAUACAAGAGUGCGCCUCCAACCUCGAGGAACAAUACUCGGAGGCUCUCGAGGGCAUGACUCGCGCGGAGAGACUAGAUACUCUCAAGACUCUGGAGGCUCUCGUGGCUAGAGACCCGGGUCGCGCCCAACAGCUGCAUGCUAAGUUAUCGCAAAACAUCAAACGCAGAGGAAGCUUCCAGGAAACUCUGCGAAGACUGCAAGCCAAGCAAGCCCGCGCUGAGAAACAUCGCCUAGACCUGCAGACUGAACGAAGCAAGAAGAUACACAGCCUACUGACUAGAGUUGAGGAAGUCAAGGUGGCAAAGAACCAGUUGAUAGAAGAGAAGAGAAUGCGCAUGGAACGACGACUGCAGAAGGCCGCCGAAAACAGAGAUCAACAUCUGAAAGACAUAGUCCGCAAAGCCCACGACGAAGAAGAGAAGCUCCGCGAGAUAGCCUUCAUCAAACAGCUGGAGGCGGAGAACAGACGGCACGACUUCCUGCACCAGUGUCGCGCGCACACCACGCGGCUGCGGCGCGUGCGCAGGGAGCGUCUGCACAAACUGGAGCAGAAAGCAGCCCGCGAAGCCGCCGUCAACGCCCGCAGACUGGCUCUAGAAGAGGCUCGGAGACAACACGUGACCACGCUUGUGGAGAGACGCAGAGAGAGAGAGACGAGGGCCGAGGAGCUGAAGGAACUGAAGAGUAAGGAGAGAGAAGAGGCUGCUAGAGAGAAGGCCGAGGGCUACAAGACCCGCAAGGCAGCACUGGACGCGUUGGCCGAACAAGAAGUGGACGCACUAAGGUCGAGAAUCCAGUGCAAGCAGGAAGCCAGUGAACAGAGACUGGAGAAGCAUUUGCAAGCUAUAAGGACUAAGGCUACUGCGCCUAGGGUGCCGACAACAUCAGAGACCCAAGAGCAGCCGACGACAGAAGAAGACUUGAUCAAGAAACGAAUAGAAGAGAACAGAGAGCGAGAGAGACAGAGGAACAUGAGGAAGCGAGCGAGGAAGAUCCGGCAGAAACUGCUUGACGCGGGAAGGGAAUUCGAAGAGAUGAACGCGGAAGAUGUAGAACCAUUGGACUACUACAGCUCUAUGCCUGAAACUAACAGGGUCUACAGGUGUCUGACGGUGAUCAAUAACACUAUAGAACAUCUAGUACCCAUGGAGUUCAGAAUCAAUAAUAACAAAAACGAACAAAAGAAUGAAGAAGCUCAAACAAAUAAAGAUAACAAAGAAAAUGAAAAAGGCAACAACCAAAAAGGGGCCAAAAAUCAAGAGGAAAACAAAAAUCAACAAGUCAACAAAAAUAAUAAAAAGAAAAAUAAACUUGUCAGAAAAGAUAGCGAUGAACAAUUCAGAACUAUAAAUAACGAGUGUAAACAGGGCAGUCUGUGUAUAAAAACAUACGAACAAAACCAUAGACCUGAAAAUGUCAGGACAGAGUAUUCUGUUGCUUCUCAGAAGAAGAAAAAGAAGAAGAAUAACGCUCAACAAGCAUUGGUUAAUGGAACAGAGAAAUCAGAAAAUGAAACAGCUACUGAUAAUUCAGAUCCAACUAGUGUGGAGAAAACCGGAGAAAAUAGUAGCAAAGCUUCAGCUGGCAACUCUGAGCCAAAAACAAAUGGAAUUGCUGGUACAAGUAAACAAUCAGAUGAACCUGAUGGCGAUAAAAAAUCUAACAAGAAGAAGAAGAAACCUUCUGAUGGUAACGAUAAUCAUGACAACACUAACACUGUCACAAAUGGCAUAGCUGAAACCCAAACUACUACAAAUAAUGCCAAUGGUCCCACAAAUGAAGGUUCGUCUAGCACAAAUGGUCCUAAUGCUUCUAUGGCGAAAGGAAAGAAAGGUAAAGGUAAAGGCAAACAAACUAACACAAAUGCAGUAAAUAGUAACACAAAUGGAGCAAAUAGUAACACAAAUGAACCGUCUAGUAAGACAAAUGAAGUGACGAAUACCACUAAUGGGGAUACAACUAGUAGUAAUAAUGAAUCAAGUACUAGCACAAAUGGAGUGACCAGUAGCACUGGAGCUAUACCUAAAGUACCUGUAGCGAAGAAAUCCAAAGGCAAACAAAAGCAAAGUAGCACAAACGAAGUAACUAGUAACACAAAUGGACCACACUUUAAGAGUAAUGAAGCUAGCACGAAUUCAAAGAAAUUUAAAGGAAAGAACGACUGGCAACUAACAAAUGGAUUCGAUGAACCAAAAUCCGGGAAAAACAACAGGAAAAAUAACAGAAACACUAACGCAAAAGAUUAUCAGAGACCUAGCACGUCUAGACAAGACCAGAAUGACAGUUUUUUGAGAAAAUUGAGCAAAGAAUCUUCUCUGGCUAGUUCUAUAAGUGAUUUGAGCAAAAUUAGCUCUAAAAGUGAAAGAAGGCGUAAGGAAAGGGAGUUACAAAUGGCUUUUGACUAUGUGGACUGGAAAGCGCUAGAGAAACAUGUCAAUGAAUUGCAUAUAGCCGUGUCUAGGCUUGAUAAGGAACACCAAGACAUCCUGCUGAACGGUCUAGAAGUGCUCAGCUACAUACUAGUCAUAGCCUUGAUGCCGGAGUCGCAGGGGAAGAUUACCACCAAAACCCUCACAGUGGCGGUGCAGAUGAUCGGUGCGGUGAUAUCGGCCUGCCCCAUGGCGGCCGGCUUCUUCCUGUGUACUAAUAAUUGCGUGCACCAAGUCACACUUCUGAGUGUUGUUUUGGAGCGCGACCUCUCCGACCGGCAGACGCUCGAGCUGGCCAAACAGCUGUGCGACUGUCUCUCCAUCUGUGUGGACGCGGUGCUGUGCGGGACGCGGCUGCUGGCCUCGUCUGGAGACAGCGAGCGGGCCCACGUGGCCUGCAUGCGGGCACGCGCGCACCCCCUCAUACUGUACAUCUGCCUCAGCGGCUGCGUGACGGCAAUCACGGACAAGUCCCCGGCGCGGGACGGCGUGCAAGCUCUGCUCACUGUCUGUGUGGAGGUCUGCCAUCCGUGUGAAGUGGACGAUGUGUGGCAUCAUGUCACUGUUACUUACUGCACCGUGCCUGUCUUCAACAUCAUAAUCAUUGAUACAUCAGUGUUAAUCUUUCUCCACCCCCAACAGACUUGCCAAGACCGCCAGUUGGCGCUCGAGGCCCUCCGCGCGUCGCUCACGGGCGGCAUGGCCGGCUGUCGCAAUGAGCUCUGUUCCCUCUUCGCCACCGGCUGCGACUUGCACGACCCUGCCGAGUUCGUGCGCGCCGCGAGGACUGCCCACAUGCUGUGUGCUGCGGCCAAGCUCGAUUACAUCACGCUGCAGGAGUCAUUCGGCGAGGGUCGCUGGCCGCUGGAGUUCCGCGCCGCCGUCGCGCGUCUGCUGUCUCAGCAUGCACCGCGGGACCAGGAGGAGCCCCGGGAGAAUGAUAAACAUCUGACUCACAAGCGUCUCGACAAAACACUGGUGGAAACCAUGGUGUUGGAUCUCAUAAUUAUAGUCGGAUUUGUUAUCGUGAACAAUCCCCAACUUCAGGAGACAAUCUGCAAGGACUGGAGCAUGGUCAGGCACCUGUGCACGCUGCCGGCGAGCUGGCUUGUGACCACUCCCCACUGCAAGGUGCUAUUGCCGACCCUGGCGGUGCUGGCACAGCAUCCGCCCAAUGUGGAGAUUAUGGAGGCCGAGCUGAGCAUGGAGUUGAUUGAAGAGUACAUCAUGAGCGAGGAUGCUGCGCAUAUCAAGCUGGUGCAAGUGAUCAAAGAGGGACGCAAGAAGAAGUUGAAAGAACUGGAACAAAAACUUAAAGAAGAACUAGAACGUCAACUAGAAUUAGAACGAGAACGUGAACUUGCGGCUAUGGAAUCUGUGGACCCAGCGGCACAAAACAGUGCUUCUGUGGACCCAGUGGCACCAGAUACGGCUAUGGGCUCUGUGGACCCAGUAGCACAAAACAGUGCUUCUGUGGACCCAGUGGCACAAGAUGGGGCUAUGGACUCUGUGGACCCAGUAGCACAAAACAGUGCUUCUGUGGACCCAGUGGCACAAGAUGGGGCUAUGGACUCUGUGGACCCAGCGGCACAAAACAGUGCUUCUGUGGACCCAGUGGCUCAGAAUGGGGCUAUGAGCUCUGUGGUCCCAGUGGCACAAAAUACGGAUAUCGACCCUCCUCCUAAAGAUCUUCAGGAUUCGACUGACGACGCUGCCCCGGAUCCAGCGGAUAAGGAAAGCCACUCUCUUUCCCAUGAAUUGUAA